AUGCUUGUAGGAAAGGAGGGUCAUCGUCAAAGUGUCAUUAUCGAUUUGCAAGAACAAAUUGAUUCGAUUGCUCCAAAUAAAUAUUUCACGCAAGUAGCAGCUGCUGGCAGUAAGGGAUUGUUGAAAAUUUUUGCAAUCGAAGAGAAUGGAUUCAAUUUCGUUGCUGACUUUCGUUCAGUACGUAGUCGACGAUUGAAUUUAAUGUAUUCAGCAAGUCAUGUAUCAUGGAGUCAUAUAAUCGAUAAUAUGAUAGCUACAACAUCAACGAAUGGAGCUGUGGUCCUGUGGAAUGUCGAUAAAGCUGCCUUGCACCGCACCUAUAAGGCGCAUACUCGUUCAGCGACUAAAGUAUGCUUUCAUCAGACUGAUCACAACAUAUUAAUUAGUGGAGCCAAAGAUGCAGCAGUGAUUCAAUAUGAUUUUCGGAUGCCGGAACCAGUCAAGAAAUUUAUGAGUGGUUCAUGUGACCCUGUUCGUGAUAUGCAAUUCGGUAUUCAUCCUAGCCACUAUGAUAUAUUUGUAGCUGCAGACGAUGGUGGUUCUGUGCGUUUCUGGGAUUUGCGUAAAAAUGACCGACCACUGCACCAGUUUGUAGCACACCAUGGUCCAUCUAGUGUUGCACUAAAUCCAAGUUAUGACGAUCAGAAUCUAAUUGCAACUGCUGGCAGAGAUAAAUUUAUAAGGAUCUGGAAAUGGUUUGAUCGUUCUGAUUGUCAAUUAAAUUCAUCGAUAUAUUCAAUGGAAGCUACAGCAUCUGUUUCCCGAGUCUUCUGGAGGCCAAUGCACAAAUACCAGGUAGCUAGCUGUUCUGUGGUAAGCGAUAUAAAUAUACACGUUUGGGAUAUACGAAGACCAUUUUUGCCAUUUGCUAGUUUUGAUGAACAUCGUGAUAUAUGCUCUGAUCUGGCUUGGAAAGAGGACGAUUCGGAAAUAUUUCUAUCAGCCGGCAAGGAUGGUUUAUUGGUAAUGCAUUUUGUGGAAAAUGCGCAUCAUCCAAUGAACCACGUGAGUGAUGUCGCAGUUGACAUAUCACCUGCUGGUACCGUAGCUGUUGCAGUAAGCAGUCAGUUGGAUCUAAAAAAUGAGUCAUUGAUUGAACGGGAAAAAGCGCGAAAAGGUGAAGCAUUCGCACCAAGGAGGCGGAAGUAUGAUCCGUUCCAGUCGAGCAUUCCCAGUUAUUUGAUUUGCUGUGAACCAACUAAAACAAAUGUUGAAGUUUCACCACAGCAUUUUGUUGUUUUAGCUAAAAGGUACAAACUAUACGGUGAAGACGCUUCAUCAUUAUGUUUUCAUAAUAGUCGUAUAGCUGAAGACAUAAAGAAAUAUGAUAUUGCUCAUACAUGGCGUAUAGUCGGUCUUAUCUGUACAUUUACCUCAUUUUUUGAAAAACCAUCAAGCGCAGAAACUUCUCUUGGCAAUCAUGAAACAGACACUAAAGAUAAUGGUGCUAGUGUGAGCGAUGCGGCAGCGCGAUCUCGCUUUCCCUCAAGUUUAUCAUCUGGUGGAGUGGUACGAAACGUGGAUGGCCAAGAUGUUACAGAGUCGAUAUUUUCCGGCGUAAUCCCACAGAUGGCUUCUACUUCAUCAGAUUUCUUUUUCGGCGAUAAUGAACUGAAUCUUGACGGACUGAAUACCGAUCUUUCCGAAUUCACACUUUCGUAUGACUUCAAAGCUCCAGCAAAUUUGAAGAUGGAAGCUUUUACACCUCGACCGUAUGAAGAAUUUGAUGGUGGUGAAACAAGUUGCUCUCCGAGUUCCGAAGAACAUCUUGAUAACAGAAUGCCAAAUCAUACAAGCGAACUGAAACGAUGUCAGAUUGGAAAUUUGAGAAUCAGAGCUGAGCUUGCCUGUACUCCAUCGUGGGACCCACUCCCUUUAUUAUGUUCUAUGUUCAAUUUUUACUCUGAUUUGGGUGAUGUACAAACAUGCGUAUCUGUGCUACUGGUAUUGGGAGAAAAAUCGAAGGAAUUCAUCGAUUUAAGUACUCAGAAGCUAUGGUUUCUGGAUUAUAUCGAUAUGCUUGAAUGUUAUGAAUUAUGGAAUACAGCCGCUGAAGUAAUCAAAUUAUGUUGGAUUGCAGCUGUUAGUAAUCUAAGCAACGAGAGUACUUCGAUUAAACUACUGUGUUCCAAAUGCAAGACUGUGUCUGUGACAUCGUCACCCUACUGCAAGAAAUGUCUCAAAAAGUUCAAUUUUAACUGUUCCCUUUGUUCUUUGCCAGUUCACGGUAUUUGGAGCUGGUGUCGCGGAUGCACACAUGGUGGUCAUCCUCAUCAUUAUGCAGAGUGGUUUGCUUCAAACAAAAAAUGCCCAACUGGAUGUGGUCACUACUGUGUUCAGUAA